AUGCGCUUUCUACACGUGUCCGUCCCGAGCGCGCUCUUUGCCAACGCGUUCGCGCAAACAACAAUUGUAUCGCUCCAGAACAAUCGAGUCGAGCAGGCGGGUUGCGCACCAAAGCUUCACUUCUGCUCCAACACAGCCUGGCGAGAAUGCAGUGCACCAAUCACUUCGCCAGAUCGCUGUGUCGCUACUGACCGGCUGAAUGACGUUGGCUCCAUCGCCAUCGAGCUAGGCUUGUGUUGCCGCUUCUACAGUGAUGAUGACUGCAACACGCCGCUUAUGGAUCAAGGAGGCGAAGAGACGUGGUACCCCGGGUUGGAGCAGGUGUCGGACGCCUUUAAAGCGGAGGUGGGCAGCUACAUGUGCAACAACGGGACUCUCUCUUCAGACUGCCCCGGGGCCGGGGCAGCGAACGUGAGUAUAUCUGGAGGCGUAGCAACCCCGACCGCCUCUCAGUAA